GUGUGUGUGUGUGUGUGUGUGUGUGAAUGAGUGUGUGUGUGUGUGUGUGUGUGUGUGUGUGUGGUGUAAAAUGUGCUUUUCAAAGUGCUGAGAGGUUGAUGGGAAUGUUUGAUUAGCUCCUCUGAGAAGAAAAGGUGCUUGGACCGCUCCUUGUUUCUUCUUUAGAAUAAUUUGGAUGGGAGCUGUGAUGCAGAAAAGCUUAAGGAAAAAAGGAUAUCCAUUCUGUGUGGUGGAAAAUUCUUGAAAAAAUAUUGCUUUCUUCAAUCAAGAAAUUCUGCAUAGGACUGGAUCUAAAUAUUGGACAUAAGGUUACCCUGGACCAAGUUAAUACCAGGUUGUGUUUGUCCCUUUCCAAAUCUCUAUUCAGUGACAUCACUUUGGUGGCUUUAAAAUCAGCCAUUGUGAGAGGAUUUACACCACAGGAAUCAACAAACACUGGCGCCAUUUUGAUAUUUAUGGGAAUUGUUGUCCUCACUAUGAAGGCAUCUGUUAUUGAAAUGUUCCUUGUUUUGCUGGUGACUGGAAUACAUUCAAAUAAAGAAACGACAAAGAAGAUUAAAAGGCCUAAAUUCAAUGUGCCUCAGAUCAACUGUGAUGUCAAAGCUGGAAAGAUCGUCAAUCCUGAGUUCGUUGUGAAAUGUCCUGCAGGAUGCCAAGACCCCAAAUACCAUGUUUAUGGCACGGACGUCUACGCAUCCUACUCCAGCAUGUGUGCCGCUGCGGUUCACAGUGGUGUGCUCGAUAAUUCAGGAGGGAAAAUACUUGUUCAGAAAAUAGCUGGACAGUCUGGCUAUCGAGGGACUUAUUCCAAUGGUGUCCAGUCCUUGUCCCUACCACGGUGGAGAGAAUCCUUUGUUGUCUCAGAAGGUAAACCCCAGAAGGGCGUAACCUACCCAUCGGCUCUUACAUAUUCAUCACCUAAAAGCCCAGCUGCCAAAGCAGGUGAGACCACAAAAGCCUAUCAGAAGCCAUCAGUUCCAGGGACAACUACACCACCAGUCACCCUGAUGCAGGUACCAGGGACCAGCCCAGCAGAAGCCGUCCACACUACGCUGCCAAGGCCAUCCCCAUCUACAGGCUCUCCCACCAGCAGCCCCAGACCACAGCCCGUGGGCCAGCGGAGCCGGGAGCUGGAUCUCUGGUCCACCAUCACCUCCACAAGCAACCAAAACAGCCCCCGCACCAAUCCAGGCGAAAUGGACUUGUGGAAGCCUGGAUCAGUCCUCUUAGAUGCAGGAUUUGUUCCAAAAGAAGAAUUAAGCACACAGUCUUUGGAGCCAGUAUCCCAGGGAGAUCCAAACUGCAAAGUUGACUUGUCGUUUUUAAUUGAUGGGAGCGCGAGCAUUGGCAAACGCCGAUUCCGAAUCCAAAAGCAGUUCCUGGCUGACGUCGCCCAAGCCCUUGACAUUGGCCCUGCUGGUCCACUGAUGGGUGUUGUUCAGUAUGGGGACAACCCUGCUACCCAGUUUAACCUCAAGACUCAUAUGAAUUCCCAAGAUGUGAAAGCAGCCAUAGAGAAAAUUACCCAGAGAGGAGGGCUGUCUAAUGCAGGCCGGGCCAUCUCCUCGGUGACCAAGAACUUCUUCUCCAAAGCCAAUGGAAACAGAGGCAGUGCUCCCAAUGUCGCAGUGGUGAUGGUGGACGGCUGGCCCACGGACAAGGUAGAGGAGGCUUCCAGGGUUGCAAGAGAGUCAGGAAUCAACAUUUUCUUCAUCACCAUUGAAGGUGCCGUUGAAACUGAGAAGCAGUACAUGAUGGAGCCCAACUUUGCAAACAAGGCUGUGUGCAGGACCAAUGGCUUCUACUCGCUCAGUGUGCAGAGCUGGUUCAGCCUCCACAAGAGCGUGCAGCCCCUGGUGAAGCGGGUCUGCGACACGGAACGACUGGCCUGCAGCAAAACCUGCUUCAACUCAGCUGACAUCGGCUUUGUGAUCGACGGCUCCAGCAGCGUGGGAACAGGCAACUUUCGCACAGUUCUCCAGUUGGUGGCCAACCUCAGCAAAGAGUUUGAGAUUUCAGACACAGACACACGCAUUGGGGCUGUGCAGUACACCUACGAGCAGCGGCUGGAGUUUGGGUUCGAGGCGUACAGCACCAAGCCAGAUAUCCUCAAUGCCAUCAAGAGGGUGGGCUACUGGAGUGGUGGGACCAGCACAGGGGCCGCUAUCAACUACGCCCUGGAGCAGCUCUUCCAGAAGUCCAAGCCCAACAAGAGGAAGCUAAUGAUCCUCAUCACCGAUGGGAGGUCCUAUGAUGACGUCCGAAUACCGGCCAUGGCUGCCCAUCACAAGGGAGUGAUCACCUACGCAAUCGGUGUUGCCUGGGCUGCACAGGAUGAGCUAGAAGUCAUCGCCUCUCACCCAGCCAAGGACCACGCCUUCUUUGUGGAUGAGUUUGACAACCUCUAUAAAUCUGUCCCCAAGGUCAUCCAGAACAUUUGUACAGAGUUCAACUCACAGCCUCGGAACUGAAUUAAGAGCAGGCAAAAAAGCACCAGCAAAUGCUGCUUUCCCGACUGGCUCUGGGAAAACACCCAAUGCAUCAUGGGGCAGCAAGGCACGCAGGGCUUGGGGAAUGAUGUAUUAUUAUGCUUUGCCAGUGUGGCUUUUCAUACUUCAAAGCUUGGAGUUAGAAAGAUGCUCAUAAAUUUGUAGAACGAGCUGAAGUGAUACAUCCUUUGGAGGGUGCUGGGGAUUUUACAUUUUGACGAUUGCUUUCAAAAUAACUAUUCAGAAUAGAGUACAGCACUGAUAACAGGCUUAUCCAAAGCUUUCGUGAGAUUGUUGUUGGUUUUUUUAAAAUUUUUAUUUCUCAUCAGAAUUCUGUAACCCUCAACAAGUUUCAUUUUUGUCAUGACAAUACAGGAGUUGCUUAAUUAAAUAUUUAAAAGGA